GCUCUUUUAAAAAAAGAAAAAAAAAAGAUGCGUUUCGCGUUUUUGGCAAGCAACACAUGGGAAAUUAAUUCCCAAAGCCGCAAAUCCAACUACUCUUUCGGUUGAAAACCUAGUUCCAGAGCACCAGAGGUUAAGCUUAAUCGGAAGCUUAAAGGCCUUAAUUAUCAGCAAGUAUAUCUCACUUCACUCACUGAAAUCUUCAAUUUUUGAAACAUUCACAGCGACGCCCUUGGGGUUUUAGACAAUGGGAGCUGUUAAGUUGGAACUUCGUUGUCACCAAAGAAUUGAUGGAAUCUCCGUGGAUCCUGAUCCGGAUUGGAAGUUUGAUUCUCUAUUAUCAGAGCUUAAUUCAUUGGAAACGAAGCUCAACACCUCUGCAAAAGUUCCUGCACCUUUUAUCAAAGCAAGACCACGAGAUUUCUCAAAUGAAAAAAGUGCUAAUACAAGUCGUAGGCCUUUUGUAAUGCGCGUGUCCGAGGAUGAGAUGGAGGACACUGAAAGCAAGGUUGAGGAGGAUCGAAGUCUAGUGGCUGCAAAACGGUUCAAUUGUGAUAAAAUUUAUUUGAGCAACAGUGAUGAUUCUGAUUAUGAGUCGGAUCUUGAAUUCCAAUCCUACUUGGUGGGUGAAGUGGGAUCAGUAGAAGGUGCUUUGUGUGAGCUAACCCAUGAACAUAAACUUGAUGUUAAGGAGGAAAUUAGAAACAGAAUUUCUGCAUUAGAGACAGAUUUGAUGGGUCAAAGUGAAAAGUCCAGUUCUGCACUCACUCGGGUUGAGAGAUAUAGAGAAGCAAGAUGGGAAAUGGAUAGGAAACUUGAUACUCACUACCAACGCAAGAUUGCAGAAGCACUUGAUAAUCACUUGACUGCUGUCCAGCGGGACCAUGAAUUGAGAUCGCAGAUAGAAGAAAGGAAAAUAAGAAGUGAUGCAGCUUAUGAAGAAGCCAAAAGAAAGGAAAAGGCUCUUCAAGAAGAAAAACUACGCCAAGAAAAAGCUAAAGUGGAAUCCGAGGCAAGACUUAGAGCCGAGGAAGCAAAAAGAGCUGCUUUGGAAGCUGAGAGAAGAGAAGCAAAAGAAGCUGCAGAAAGGGAAGCUAUUGCAACCUCUACUAGAGUUGCUGCUAGGGUAGCACAAGAAGAAGCUGCCGGAUGCCAAAUGGAAGCCAAUUCUCAAACUUCAAAUGAAUCCAAAGGAUUUGCAUCUGAUGCAGCAAAAAAAUCGCAAUCAGCAAGUAAUGUACUCAGUGCUGCAGAAAGUGCUCUAAAUUUAGAACAGGGGAGACUACAGAAAUUUAAAGAGAUAGACGAAAGAAACCAGGCUUUGAGGUUGACUUACAAUAAGGAUUUCAGCAGCUAUGAAAGACAUAUUUCAAGGUUGAUAAAACAAAUAAGUGGGACAAAAGAGGUUGUCAGAGAAAAGUCAUGCGAUAUUAUUGAGAUUUUCAAGGAUCCUCUUUGCCCUCAAUCCAUCAGCAUUGCAGCGUUUGCAAAGAAGGUUGUCUCCCACUGUGAAAGCCCUGAUAUCGAUGCCUUUGCAUGUGGCCAUGUCAUUGUUCUUGUUACUUCACAGGUUCCACAUGCAAUGGAUCUCCUUCUAGCUGAGUUCCACAGAGCUUGCAUUUACACUGUUCCAAAGCACAUAAUGUACUCGAAGUCGACAUUUGAAUCCAAAGAGGCUUAUUACAAGGCUAUUGGAUACAAAGAAAGAGAUGGAAAGAUUGAGAGCAUCGAGGACUAUUUGGGACGGUUAGGGUCCUACAUGAAACUGUAUGGGGCUAUGAUUCAGACAGAAGUAGAGGGCGUCCGGAACGAACAUGGUCUGAAAGAAGGUUGGGCAUGGAUUGCGAGGUUCUUAAACACUCUGCCUGCCAACCGAUAUACCGCUGUUGCUCUGUGUGCGUUCCUGCAAGUGGCAGGGUUUGCUCUCUUCAGAAAAUACAAAUCUCAGUUCAUGAAGAUGCUUAGCAUCAUCUCUAACAACUUUCUGGAAGCAUUGAAAGCACGUCAAGAGCCAGGGUUAAGUUUGACCAUCGCCGAGAUCCAAUCCUACAUGGAAGACAAGAUGUUCCUCAAGGAGCCAAAGGGAAGGGGUCUGCAAGGUUCUUUGCUAUCAAGUGUUAUGGUGCCAGAGCCAGGUUACCAAGAAUCGCAUUAUCGCCCGCCACCAAAUAGAUAUUCCUACCACUAAAAUCCGAGUUUUGUCUCUUUUGUCACAGUUGGAGAGAACUCCUACAGAACGGUGUCCUCAAAAGGAUUCAUCUAUGUUAGCUAUGUGUAAUCAUCAGAAGGAUUCACUUUAUUAAUUUCCUGAAUUAUAUGCAGUUUGAUUUGCUAAUUGCUGAUUCGAAUUGAUGUAUAUUGCAUGUUAUGCUUGUAUAAUAUGUGCUGAAUUGUUAUUCAGCAAUCAUUUUCUUCA